AUGGAUUUCGAAGACUUGCCCAUUAAUUCAUCAUCACCAUCAAUACAAACGAUCGAACCCUUCCCAUCCCAUCAUCCAACGACAGCAUGUCCCCCUUCUCAACAAAUAUACAAACUCUCCAAAAUCCCCGCAUCCAUCAUCCUCCUCGCCUGCGAAGUCAUCUCCCCAAACGGCCGCUCCAAACACCCAAACAACCCCAUCAACUCCCGAUGCAACUCCGCAUCCAUAUACCCACCCUUCCAAAUCUGCGUCGCCCAUCGCCAGAGAACAUCGUCCCUGAAAGCGGCGUCGUCGCAGAAAUACGCGAUAGACGUCUACCAAGUCCGAGACCGGGCCCGCGAUCCCGGCCAACGUCGUCGCCACGUCGUGCGGAGCGAUGUAGACCAUAUACGGCGUGAGAGGAUUCCCGAGAGCAGCGACAUCCUGAUCGAAGACCUCGCCUCCCAGCCCGUGCUCCACGACACUCUCGAACAUCUCCGCGAUCUGCUUCGUCAUGUUCCCAUCACGCCGGAAGUGGACUUCGGUGUCUCUUUCCAGAAGGUCCAGAAACAGGGGCAGGCUCCUGAACGGCGCGGAGACGAGCCCGCGGUAUUCGGAGUGGUGGUUGUAGAUGUGGACGUCCAUCAGGCGGCGCACGACGCACGCGGCGAACUCGAGGAUGAAGUCUUCGGGGUGUUCGUCGGUGGCGUCGGCGUGGGCCAUGACGAAGAGCUGGGCGUUGAACUGCUGGACGCGGGCGGAGGUCGAGAUGCCGCGUCGGCGCGUCUAGCGGCGGAGGGCGGGGAGGAAGUCGAAGCAGUCGUUUUUGUAGUCGACGGCGUCUUUGAUUUCGCGCGCGAGGCGGGCGCAUUCUCGUUUGCGGAUUGUGCGCGCCAGGGUGGUGGUGUUGAUGUCGACGAAGGCGCAGAGGUCGCGGGAGAUCAGUCUUGCUUGUUGGAUCUCGGCGGCUGUGAGAGACUCGAAGAUUACGAGCUUGAGCUCGGCGGGCAGGUCGAUUAA